AUGGAAGGCUGUGACUCGCCCGUCGUCUCGGGGAAGGACAAUGGGUGCGGGAUCCCUCAGCACCGGCAAUGGACUGAACUCAACAGCACCCACCUCCCCGACAAACCCAGUAGCAUGGAGCAGCCCACAGGCGAGAGCCAUGGGCCCUUGGACAGCCUAAGGGCCCCCUUCAAUGAGCGCCUGGCCGACAGCAGCGCCUCGGCGGCCGGGCCGCCAGCCGAGCCCGCCAGCAGCAAGGAGGUCAGCUGCAACGAGUGCUCAGCCUCCUUCGCCAGCCUCCAGACCUACAUGGAGCACCACUGCCCUGGCACGCGUCCCCCGCCACCGCCGCCGCCCCUGCGCGAGGAGAGCGCCAGCGACACCAGCGAAGAGGGCGACGAGGAGAGUGACGUGGAGAACCUGGCCGGGGAGAUCGUCUACCAGCCAGACGGCUCCGCGUACAUCGUCGAGAGCCUGAGCCAGCUGGCCCAGAGCGGGGCCGCAUGCAGUGGCAGCAGCAGUGGCAGCAGCGGGCCGGUCCCCUCGCUCUUCCUGAACUCUCUCCCCGGGGCGGGGGGCAAGCAAGGGGACCCCUCGUGCGCUGCACCCGUGUACCCGCAGAUCAUCAACACUUUCCACAUAGCCUCAUCCUUCGGGAAGUGGUUUGAGGGCUCAGACCAGGCCUUCCCGAAUACCUCAGCCCUGGCGGGGCUCAGCCCCGUCCUGCACAGUUUCCGCGUGUUCGACGUGCGACACAAAAGCAACAAGGAUUACCUGAACAGCGACGGUUCUGCCAAAAGCUCCUGCGUAUCCAAAGAUGUCCCCAACAAUGUGGACCUGUCCAAGUUCGAUGGCUUUGUGCUCUACGGCAAGAGGAAGCCCAUCCUGAUGUGCUUCUUGUGCAAGCUCUCCUUCGGGUACGUCCGUUCCUUUGUGACCCACGCGGUGCACGACCACCGGAUGACCCUGAGCGAAGAGGAGCGGAAAAUUCUUAGCAAUAAGAACAUCUCCGCUAUCAUCCAAGGGAUUGGCAAAGACAAGGAACCCCUUGUAAGUUUUCUGGAACCAAAAAACAAAAACUUUCAACACCCUUUAGUUUCCACAGCUAACCUCAUAGGCCCUGGACACAGUUUUUAUGGUAAAUUUAGUGGCAUUCGUAUGGAAGGGGAGGAAGCCCUCCCAGCCGGCACUGCCGCCGCCCCCGAGCAGCCCCAGGCCGGUCUCUUGACCCCCAGCACCCUCUUGAACCUUGGCGGGCUCACCAGCUCGGUCCUGAAGACCCCCAUUACCUCAGUCCCCCUGGGGCCCCUGGCUUCCAGUCCUACCAAAUCCUCGGAGGGCAAGGACUCUGGGGCAGCUGAAGGAGAUAAGCGAGAAGUGGGGGACCCGGACUGCUUCUCCGAGAAAGCCGAGCCAGCCGAGGAGGAGGAGGCAGAAGAGGAGGAGGAAGAGGAGGAAGAAGAGGCGGAGGAGGAGGAAGAGGAGGAGGAAGAAGAGGAAGAGGAAGAGGAGGGCUGCAAAGGACUCUUUCCAAGUGAGUUGGAGGAGGAACUGGAGGACAGGGCCCCCGAGGAGUCUGGAGCCACAGCAGGCGGUAGCAGCCAAAAGGACCUUGCUCUCUCAAACCAAAGCAUUUCUAACUCCCCCUUAAUGCCUAAUGUGCUCCAGACCCUGUCGAGGGGCACAGCUUCUACUACUUCUAAUUCUGCUUCUUCCUUUGUUGUCUUCGAUGGUGCGAACAGGAGGAAUCGUUUAAGCUUUAACAGUGAGGGCGUCAGGGCCAAUGUGGCAGAGGGCAGGAGGCUGGACUUCGCUAACGAAAGUGCCAAUAAAGACAAUGCCACAGCACCAGAACCAAAUGAAAGCACAGAGGGUGACGAUGGGGGCUUCGUCCCCCAUCACCAGCACGCUGGCUCCCUCUGCGAGCUUGGGGUCGGGGAGUGCCCCUCGGGUAGCGGUGUGGAGUGCCCCAAAUGCGACACGGUCCUGGGCUCUUCCCGCUCGCUGGGUGGCCACAUGACCAUGAUGCAUUCUCGUAACUCGUGUAAAACCCUCAAGUGCCCCAAGUGCAACUGGCACUACAAGUACCAGCAGACGCUGGAGGCACACAUGAAGGAGAAGCACCCGGAGCCUGGGGGCUCCUGUGUCUACUGCAAAAGCGGGCAGCCCCACCCGCGGCUGGCACGAGGCGAGAGCUACACGUGCGGUUACAAGCCUUUCCGCUGCGAGGUGUGUAACUACUCCACAACUACCAAAGGCAACCUCAGUAUUCAUAUGCAGUCUGACAAACAUCUCAACAACAUGCAGAACCUGCAGAACGGAGGGGGCGAGCAGGUCUUCAGCCACAGCGCUGGGGCAGCAGCCGCUGCCGCCGCAGCCGCCGCCGCCGCCGCCAACAUCGGCAGCUCCUGUGGCGCCCCCUCGCCCACCAAACCAAAAACCAAACCCACGUGGCGGUGUGAGGUGUGUGAUUACGAGACCAACGUGGCCAGGAACCUCCGUAUUCACAUGACCAGCGAGAAACACAUGCACAACAUGAUGCUGCUGCAACAGAACAUGACACAGAUCCAGCACAAUCGCCACCUGGGCCUCGGCAGUCUGCCCUCGCCCGCCGAGGCCGAGCUCUACCAGUACUACCUGGCCCAGAACAUGAACCUGCCCAACCUGAAGAUGGACAGUACCGCUUCGGACACCCAGUUCAUGAUGAGCGGGUUCCAGCUGGAUCCAACAGGGCCCAUGGCCGCCAUGACGCCUGCUCUAGUGGGCGGUGAGAUACCCCUCGACAUGCGGCUCGGGGGCGGGCAGCUGGUGUCGGAGGAGCUGAUGAACCUGGGCGAGAGCUUCAUCCAGACCAACGACCCGUCGCUGAAGCUCUUCCAGUGUGCGGUCUGCAACAAGUUCACGACGGACAACCUGGACAUGCUGGGACUGCACAUGAACGUGGAGCGCAGCCUCUCGGAGGACGAGUGGAAGGCCGUGAUGGGGGACUCGUACCAGUGCAAGCUCUGCCGCUACAACACGCAGCUCAAGGCCAACUUCCAGCUGCACUGCAAGACGGACAAGCACGUGCAGAAGUACCAGCUGGUGGCCCACAUCAAGGAGGGCGGCAAGGCCAACGAGUGGAGGCUCAAGUGUGUGGCCAUCGGCAACCCCGUGCACCUGAAGUGCAAUGCAUGCGACUACUACACCAACAGCCUGGAGAAGCUGCGGUUGCACACAGUCAACUCCAGGCACGAGGCCAGCCUGAAGCUGUAUAAGCACCUGCAGCAGCAUGAGAGCAGCGUGGAGGGAGAGAGCUGCUAUUACCACUGCGUCCUGUGCAACUACUCCACCAAGGCCAAGCUCAACCUCAUCCAGCACGUGCGCUCCAUGAAGCACCAGCGCAGCGAGAGCCUUCGCAAGCUGCAGCGGCUGCAGAAGGGCCUUCCGGAGGAGGAUGAAGACCUGGGCCAGAUCUUCACCAUCCGCAGGUGCCCCUCCACUGACCCAGAAGAAGCCGUUGAAGAUGCCGAAGGACCCAGUGAAGCACCUGCUGACCCAGAGGAGCUGGCCAAAGACCAGGGGAGCGGCAGCGGCGAGGAGGGGCAGAGCAAGCGGGCAGUGUCAUCCAGUCAGGCAGAGAAGGAGUUGACAGAUUCUCCUGCAGCCUCCAAGCGUGUCCCCUUCCCAGGGAGCUCCGAGACUCCACCCUCUUCGAAGAGGCCGAAAACAUCAGAGGAGGUCAAACAGGAGCAGAUGUACCAGUGCCCCUACUGCAAGUACAGCAAUGCUGACGUGAACCGGCUCCGGGUGCACGCCAUGACCCAGCACUCGGUGCAGCCCAUGCUCCGCUGCCCCCUGUGCCAAGACAUGCUCAACAACAAGAUCCACCUCCAGCUGCACCUCACCCACCUCCACAGCGUGGCGCCCGACUGCGUGGAGAAGCUCAUUAUGACGGUGACCACUCCCGAGAUGGUGAUGCCCAGCAGCAUGUUUCUCCCUGCAGCUGUUCCAGACCGAGACGGGAAUCCCAAUUUGGAAGAGGCGGGGAAGCAACCUGAAACUUCAGAGGAUCUGGGAAAGAACAUCUUGCCGCCGUCUGCAAGCGCAGAGCCCAGUGGAGAUCUGAAACCCUCUUCUGCUGACCCCAGCGGCGUGAGAGAAGACUCGGGCUUCCUCUGCUGGAAGAAGGGGUGCAACCAGGUCUUCAAGACCUCGGCCGCCCUGCAGACCCACUUCAACGAGGUGCACGCCAAGAGGCCCCAGCUGCCGGUGUCCGACCGCCACGUGUACAAGUACCGCUGCAGCCAGUGCAGCCUGGCUUUCAAGACCGUCGAGAAGCUGCAGCUCCACUCGCAGUACCACGUGAUCAGGGCUGCCACCAUGUGCUGUCUCUGCCAGCGCAGCUUCCGGACUUUCCAGGCUCUGAAGAAACACCUUGAGACAAGUCACCUGGAGCUGAGCGAGGCGGACAUCCAGCAGCUUUAUGGAGGGCUCCUAGCCAACGGGGACCUCCUGGCGAUGGGCGACCCCGCCCUGGCUGAAGACCACACCAUCAUUGUGGAAGAAGAUAAGGAGGAAGAGAGUGACCUGGAGGAUAAGCAGAGCCCCGCAGGCAGCGACUCUGGGUCCGUACAGGAAGAUUCGGGUUCGGAGCCCAAGAGAGCUCUGCCCUUCAGGAAAGGCCCCAACUUUACCAUGGAGAAGUUUCUAGAUCCUUCCCGCCCUUACAAGUGUACCGUCUGUAAGGAGUCUUUCACGCAAAAGAACAUCCUGCUGGUGCACUACAAUUCUGUCUCCCACCUGCACAAGUUAAAGAGAGCCCUGCAGGAAUCGGCCACUGGCCAGCCAGAGCCCACCAGCAGCCCGGACAACAAACCAUUCAAGUGUAACACCUGCAAUGUGGCGUACAGCCAGAGUUCCACGCUGGAGAUCCACAUGAGGUCCGUGCUGCACCAGACCAAGGCCCGAGCAGCCAAGCUGGAAGCGGCGAGCGGCGGCGGCGGCGGCAGCAGCAACGGGACGGGGAACAGCGGUGGGCUGCCCCUCAGCUCCUCCACGCCAAGUCCCGUGAGCACGAGUGGGGCCAACACCUUCACCACCACCAAUCCCAGCAGUGCGGGCAUGGCGCCAGGCUCCAGCUUGCUGAGCCAGGUGCCCGCUGAGAGUGUGGGGAUGCCGCCUCUGGGGAAUCCCAUCAGUGCCAACAUCACUUCCCCUUCGGAGCCCAAGGAGGCCAACCGGAAGAAGCUAGCAGAUAUGAUUGCUUCCAGGCAGCAGCAGCAGCAACAACAGCAGCAGCAGCAGCAGCAGCAACAAGCGCAGACGCUGGCCCAGGCCCAGGCUCAAGUUCAGGCACACUUGCAGCAGGAGUUGCAGCAGCAGGCUGCCCUGAUCCAGUCGCAGCUUUUCAACCCCACGCUCCUUCCCCACUUCCCCAUGACCACAGAGACGUUGCUCCAGCUGCAGCAGCAGCAGCACCUACUCUUCCCUUUUUAUAUCCCCAGCGCAGAGUUCCAGCUCAAUCCUGAGGUGAGCUUGCCUGUGACCAGCGGGGCUCUGACGCUGACAGGGUCAGGCCCUGGCCUGUUGGAAGACCUGAAGGCUCAGGUCCAUCCCCAGCAGAGCCACCAACAGAUUCUGCAGCAGCAGCAGCAGCAACAGCAGCAGCAGCAGAGUCAACUCUCUCUUUCCCGUCAUUCAGCCCUCCUUCAGCCAAGCCAGCACCCUGAAAAGAAGAACAAACUGGCCAUCAGAGAAAAGGACAAAGAAAGCCAGCGAGAGAGGGAGGGGCCGGAGGGGGGAGAGGGUACCACAGGACCAAAGGAAUCACUGCCGGAUGCCUUGAAGGCCAAAGAGAAGAAAGAGUUGGCACCAGGGGGUGGUUCCGAGGCCUCCAUGCUUCCUCCCCGCAUUGCUUCGGAUGCCAGAGGGAAUGCUACCAAGGCCUUGCUGGAGAACUUUGGCUUUGAGCUGGUCAUUCAGUACAACGAGAACAAGCAGAAGGUCCAGAAGAAGAACGGGAAGACGGAGCAGGGUGAGAGCCCGGACAAGCUUGAGUGCGACUCCUGUGGCAAGCUCUUCUCCAACAUCCUGAUUCUGAAGAGCCACCAAGAACACGUGCACCAGAACUACUUCCCCUUCAAACAGCUCGAGAGGUUUGCCAAGCAGUACAGAGAGCACUACGACAAACUGUACCCGCUGAGGCCCCAGACCCCAGAGCCGCCACCCCCACCACCCCCGCCCCCGCCACCCCCGCUUCCUGCGGCACCCCCCCAGCCGGCUUCCACGCCAGCCAUCCCUGCAUCCGCUCCACCCAUCACGUCGCCUACCAUCGCCCCGGCCCAGCCCUCCGUGCCUCUCACCCAGCUCUCCAUGCCCAUGGAGCUGCCCAUCUUCUCGCCACUGAUGAUGCAGACCAUGCCGCUGCAGACUCUGCCAGCUCAGCUGCCCCCUCAGCUUGGCCCUGUGGAGCCUCUGCCUGCCGAUCUGGCCCAGCUGUACCAGCACCAGCUCAAUCCAACCCUGCUCCAGCAGCAGAACAAGAGGCCUCGCACCAGGAUCACCGACGACCAGCUCCGAGUGCUCCGGCAGUAUUUUGACAUUAACAACUCGCCCAGCGAGGAGCAGAUCAAAGAGAUGGCGGAUAAGUCGGGCUUGCCCCAGAAAGUGAUCAAGCACUGGUUCAGAAACACUCUCUUCAAGGAGCGGCAGCGUAACAAGGACUCCCCGUAUAACUUCAGCAACCCGCCCAUCACCAGUUUGGAGGAGCUCAAGAUCGACUCUCGGCCCCCUUCGCCAGAACCCCAGAAGCAGGAGUACUGGGGCAGCAAGAGGUCCUCGAGAACGAGGUUUACCGACUACCAGCUCCGGGUCCUUCAGGACUUCUUCGACGCCAAUGCUUACCCAAAGGACGAUGAAUUUGAGCAACUUUCUAAUUUAUUGAACCUCCCAACCCGUGUCAUAGUGGUGUGGUUUCAAAAUGCCCGACAAAAGGCCAGGAAAAAUUAUGAGAAUCAGGGAGAGGGCAAGGAUGGAGAGCGGCGCGAGCUUACAAAUGAUAGAUACAUUCGAACGAGCAACUUGAAUUACCAGUGCAAAAAAUGUAGCCUCGUGUUUCAGCGCAUCUUUGAUCUCAUCAAACACCAGAAGAAGCUGUGCUACAAGGAUGAGGAUGAAGAGGGGCAGGAUGACAGCCAAAAUGAGGACUCCAUGGAUGCCAUGGAGAUCCUCACCCCUACCAGCUCCUCUUGCAGCACCCCCAUGCCCUCACAGGCUUACAGCACCCCAGCACCAUCAGCCAGUACGGCUCCCUCUGCGUUCUUGCAGCUCACCGCGGAGACGGAUGACCUGGCCGCCUUCGGUUCGAAAGCAGAGGCGAGCGAUGAGAAGCCAAAGCAGGCCGAGCCUCCCAGUGCGCAGCCAAACCCAACCCAAGAGAAGCCAGGACAGCCAAAGCCGGAGGUGCAGCCGCAAGAGCAGCCCGAGCAAAAGACAAAUGCUCCGCAGCCCAAGCUCCCGCAGCUGGCCGCCCCCUCCCUGCCGCAGCCUCCGCCACAAGCCCCUCCUCCGCAGUGCCCCCUCCCCCAGUCAAGCCCCAGCCCUUCUCAGCUCUCCCACCUGCCCCUCAAGCCCCUCCACACAUCCACGCCCCAACAGCUGGCGAACCUACCUCCUCAGCUCAUCCCCUACCAGUGUGACCAGUGCAAGCUGGCCUUCCCGUCCUUCGAGCACUGGCAGGAGCAUCAGCAGCUUCACUUUCUGAGCGCGCAGAACCAGUUCAUCCACCCCCAGUUUCUGGACCGGUCGCUGGAUAUGCCUUUCAUGCUGUUUGACCCCAGCAACCCGCUCCUGGCCAGCCAGCUGCUCUCGGGGGCCAUACCUCAGAUCCCUGCCAGCUCAGCCACUUCUCCCUCCACGCCGACCUCCACCAUGAACACCCUCAAGAGGAAGCUGGAGGAGAAGGCCAGCGCCAGCCCCGGGGAAAACGACAGCGGGACGGGAGAGGAGCCUCAGCGAGACAAGCGGUUGAGGACGACUAUUACGCCAGAACAGCUAGAAAUUCUCUACCAGAAGUACCUGCUGGACUCCAACCCGACCCGGAAGAUGCUGGAUCACAUCGCGCACGAGGUGGGCUUGAAGAAGCGCGUGGUCCAGGUGUGGUUUCAGAACACCCGAGCUCGGGAAAGGAAAGGCCAGUUCCGGGCUGUGGGCCCAGCCCAGGCCCACAGGAGAUGCCCUUUCUGCAGAGCACUCUUCAAGGCCAAGACUGCCCUCGAGGCUCAUAUCCGGUCUCGGCACUGGCAUGAAGCCAAGAGAGCUGGCUACAACCUGACUCUGUCUGCCAUGCUCUUAGACUGCGAUGGGGGACUCCAGAUGAAGGGGGACAUUUUUGACGGAACUAGCUUCUCCCACCUACCCCCGAGCAGUAGUGACGGUCAGGGUGUGCCGCUCUCGCCCGUGAGUAAAACCAUGGAGUUGUCCCCUAGAACUCUUCUCAGUCCUUCCUCCAUCAAGGUGGAAGGGAUUGAAGACUUUGAAAGCCCCUCCAUGUCCUCGGUUAACCUGAACUUUGACCAAACCAAGCUGGACAACGAUGACUGUUCCUCCGUCAACACCGCCAUCACCGACACCACCACGGGGGACGAGGGCAAUGCCGACAACGACAGCGCGUCGGGGAUAGCAACCGAAACCAAAUCUUCCGCACCUAACGAGGGGCUGACCAAAGCCGCCAUGAUGGCGAUGUCCGAGUACGAAGACCGCUUGUCGUCUGGCCUGGUCAGCCCGGCCCCCAGCUUCUAUAGCAAGGAGUAUGACAAUGAAGGUACGGUGGACUAUAGUGAAACCUCAAGCCUGGCAGACCCUUGCUCCCCAAGUCCCGGGGCCAGCGGCUCCGCGGGCAAAUCUGGUGACAGCGGGGAUCGCCCCGGGCAGAAACGUUUCCGCACUCAGAUGACCAAUCUGCAACUGAAGGUCCUCAAGUCGUGCUUUAAUGACUACAGGACGCCCACUAUGCUAGAGUGCGAGGUCCUGGGCAAUGACAUUGGACUGCCAAAGAGAGUUGUCCAGGUCUGGUUCCAGAACGCCCGGGCAAAAGAGAAGAAGUCCAAGUUAAGCAUGGCCAAGCAUUUUGGUAUAAACCAAACGAGUUACGAGGGACCCAAAACAGAGUGCACUUUGUGUGGCAUCAAGUACAGCGCGAGGCUGUCUGUACGUGACCAUAUCUUCUCCCAACAGCAUAUCUCCAAAGUUAAGGACACCAUUGGAAGCCAGCUGGACAAGGAGAAAGAAUAUUUUGACCCAGCCACUGUACGCCAGUUGAUGGCUCAGCAAGAGCUGGACCGGAUUAAAAAGGCUAAUGAGGUCCUUGGACUGGCGGCUCAGCAGCAGGGGAUGUUUGACAACGCCCCGCUCCAGGCUCUCAACCUCCCUACCACGUAUCCGGCGCUCCAGGGCAUUCCUCCUGUGUUGCUCCCCGGCCUCAACAGCCCCUCUCUGCCAGGCUUUACUCCAUCCAACACAGCUUUAACGUCUCCUAAACCGAACCUGAUGGGUCUGCCCAGCACAACAGUUCCUUCCCCUGGCCUCCCCACAUCUGGAUUACCAAAUAAACCGUCCUCAGCCUCGCUGAGCUCCCCGACCCCAGCACAAGCCACCAUGGCAAUGGCCCCUCAGCAACCACCACAACCCCAGCAGCCGCAGCCGCAGGUGCAGCAGCCUCCUCCGCCGCCAGCAGCCCAGCCGAUACCCACGCCACAGCUCCCCCUGCAGCAGCCACGCAAAGACAAGGACGGUGAGAAAGGAAAGGAGAAGGAAAAGGCACAUAAAGGGAAAGGGGAGCCCCUGCCUGUCCCCAAGAAGGAGAAAGGAGAGGCCCCUACAGCGGCGACAGCUACCAUCUCAGCCCCACUGCCCGCCAUGGAGUACGCGGUGGACCCUGCUCAGCUGCAGGCCCUGCAGGCGGCCUUGACUUCAGACCCCACAGCAUUGCUCACGAGCCAGUUCCUUCCUUACUUCGUACCAGGCUUUUCUCCUUAUUAUGCCCCCCAGAUCCCUGGCGCCCUGCAGAGCGGGUACCUGCAGCCCAUGUAUGGCAUGGAAGGCCUGUUCCCCUACAGCCCUGCCCUGUCGCAGGCCCUCAUGGGGCUGUCUCCAGGCUCGCUCCUGCAGCAGUACCAGCAAUACCAGCAGAGUCUGCAGGAGGCAAUUCAGCAGCAGCAACAGCAGCAGCAGCGGCAACUACAGCAGCAGCAGCAGCAGCAGCAACAACAAAAAGUGCAGCAGCAGCAGCCCAAAGCAAGCCAAACCCCAGUCCCCCAGGGGGCUGCUUCCCCAGACAAAGACCCUGCCAAAGAAUCCCCCAAACCAGAAGAGCAGAAAAACGUCCCCCGUGAGGUGUCCCCCCUCCUGCCGAAACCCCCCGAAGAGCCAGAAGCAGAAAGCAAAAGUGCGGACUCCCUCUGUGACCCCUUCAUUGUUCCAAAGGUGCAGUACAAGUUGGUCUGCCGCAAGUGCCAGGCGGGCUUCGGCGACGAGGAGGCGGCCAGGAGCCACCUGAAGUCCCUCUGCUUCUUCGGCCAGUCUGUGGUGAACCUGCAAGAGAUGGUGCUUCAUGUCCCCACCGGCAGCGGUGGCGGUGGCGGUGGCGGCGGUGGCGGCGGCUCAUACCACUGCCUGGCGUGCGAGAGCGCGCUCUGCGGGGAGGAAGCGCUGAGUCAGCAUCUCGAGUCGGCCUUGCACAAACACAGAACAAUCACGAGAGCAGCAAGAAACGCCAAAGAGCACCCUAGUUUAUUACCUCACUCUGCCUGCUUCCCCGAUCCUAGCACCGCAUCUACCUCGCAGUCUGCCGCUCACUCAAACGACAGCCCCCCUCCCCCGUCGGCCGCCCCGUCCUCGUCCGCUUCCCCCCACGCCUCCAGGAAGUCUUGGCCGCCAGUGGGCUCCCGGGCUUCAGCCGCGAAGCCCCCUUCUUUUCCUCCUCUCUCCUCAUCUUCAACGGUUACCUCAAGUUCAUGCAGCACCUCAGGGGUUCAGCCCUCGAUGCCAACAGACGACUAUUCGGAGGAGUCUGACACGGAUCUCAGCCAAAAGUCCGACGGACCGGCGAGCCCGGUGGAGGGUCCCAAAGACCCCAGCUGCCCCAAGGACAGUGGUCUGACCAGUGUAGGAACGGACACCUUCAGAUUGUAAGCUUUGAAGAUGAACAAUUACAAAUGAAUUUAAAUAAAAAAAUUAAUAACAAACCAAUUUCAAAAAUAGACUAACUGCAAUUCCAAAGCUUCUAACCAAAAAAACAAAAAAACAAAAAACAAAAAAAAAAAAAAGGAAAAAAAAAAAGAAAAAGCGUGGGUUGUUUUCCCAUAUACCUAUCUAUGCCGGUGAUUUUACAUCCUUGUUUUUGUUUUUGUUUUUAAUAUUAAAAAAGGAAAACACAAACCCUAACCCUGUUACAUUGUGUCCUUUUAAAGGUACUAUUGGUCUGGGAAACGGAAGUCCGCAGGGCCUGCCUAUUGUCGUCGGAGCUUAAACCCCUUGUAUAUUUGCCCCUUUUGAGAACUGCCCCACCUUGAUAGCACAGAGGAGCCCGGCAUGCACUGUAUGGGAAAGCACUCCACCUUGUUACAGUUUUAAAUUUCUUGCUAUCUUAGCAUUCAGAUACCAAUGGCUUGCUAAAAGGAAAAAAACAAAAAAAAGAAAAGAAAUGUAAUGUCUUUUUAUUCUCAGGUCAAUCGCUCACACUUUGUUCUGUUUUCAGAAUCAUUGUUUUAUAUGUUUUUUUCCCCUUUGUUCCAGAAAAGAUUUUUCGUUUUGUUUUGUUUUGUUAAUUUAAAAAUGGGCAGAAAGUAUUCAAGAAAAACAAUGUGAACUGCUUUAGCUUUCUGGGGAUUUUCAAGAAUGGCUUUUCUGCUGAAGCCACUUUCAAGGGGAAAAGCUAAGCACUCCCACCUUCAGAAAAAAAAAAAGAAAAAAAAAAGAACAAACCCACACACAAAGAGUGUUGAGGACUUGUAGCUUAAAAAAAUGAGUUUUAAAAACUGACUUUCUGUAUUUAUGGUAGGUAUGACCAUUUUUGGUGUUGAGUAGAUCGCUGCAUUGGAGACGAGCUGAAGCAGUAUGUAGACUUAAACCCUUUGUGCAUUUAGCUUUUGUGUGGUCCAGCGACAGCUCCGCAUUUGAUGUCUCGUCCAUCCCUAGUGGAUAGAUUGCAAUCUGUUGCUUCACCUGAGCUCCUCUCCCUUUGUCGUCUCCACCCCCCCCCAUCCUCUCAUCUCCCACUUAAAGCGGCGGCUACCUUCGUUUCUUGGAGGGUGGCUGCAGGAUUAUUUUAUAAACCUAAAGAAAGAAUUUCGGAGGAUUCUAGGGAUCAUCAGGGUCCUCACAGAUUAUCUUUGGUUGGGGAGUUGAGACUUUUGAAAGGCAUUUAAUUCUAGUUAGCUGUGUCUGGUAGCCCUGAGCAUUACUCUUUUUAUUUACCCUUCCUUGGCCCUUUCUUCCUCCUUUCUCUCUCCUUGAUCUGUGGACACUUCAAAUAUUCUUUUCUUGAACUAAAACAUUCAUUUCAGUUUGUGUAAUUGGGGCUGUGUGCUUUUCUUUCUAAGAAGUUUUUGGCUAGAGAUUUGGUUUUGGUUUUUGUGUUUGUGUCUUUUCUUUCCUCUCUCAGAAAAAGAAAUUUCAUGCUUUAAAAAAAAAUCCAAAGACACACCCUUUCACUGCUGAUGCAGCAAAGGGGGAAGGGUUCUUGUUACUUGAGAAUUUGUUUCUGAUUUAAACAAACAAGACUUAGUUUAAUAAAAGAAAGAAAGAAAAACACAAAAGAGUUCCAGGUCGUCGUGUGCCGCUUCUGCAAGCAGAGAGGCAGCUGUUAAUGACAAUUCCAGAUACCAAAAGACACAGGUUUUUUUUUUUUUUUUUUUUUACUUCAAAGUUUUGUCCUUGUGUUAGGCAGUCUGAGCGGCGAGUGAUCCAGAAUGCAGCCAACAAAGAACAGAUAGCAAUGUACAGAGAGCAAAAAAGAAAACACAUGCAUCAGGCACUUGUGUUUCUGUUAAUAUCCAUAUUCCUGUAACACAACACAAUGCAACGGAAACCCAUUUUCAUCUUAAAACGGUCUAAACUUCGAAAGGAAAACUGUGCUGCUAAAACAUAAGUUUUGAAGACACAUAGAUGCUUUGCUGUUUCAGUUCCAUAGCCAAACACCAACAGACAUAGUCUCCCUGCCCCAGAGUGUGAAGUCCUUCUCCCUCACUCUCUUCCUUAUGUUUCAAAGGGAACUUUGAAGACUGUGAAUCCAGGUUCCGUUGGCCACCUUCCGGGCUUCUUCCCCAGGGCUGAAGCCACUCAUCGACUUUGCAAAAGACUGGAGCAUUCCAAGAUUUGAAAUCUUUCAUUUUUCUUUUUUUCUUUCUUCCCCCCCCCACCCCCCACCACUUUCUUUUUUAGCCGGGACUAUUUUUAUGAAUUUGUUUUUUGGUUAAAGAAAGAGUAGAUCCUGAACUGUUGUACAUAUUUCUAACUAGGCUGAUGCACAGUGCAAAUUCCUUUUUAAUUUUUUAAAAGUAGAAAUACUAAAAGAAUACCAUCUUAACUGUUCCUAUCAGUAUCCAGUUGUAGCGUAAGGUGUCAAAAUCAAGUACGCAAAACACUUACUGUUUUAAAUAGCUCUUUCCUUCUAACAAGAGUUGUUGUAUUUCUCCCUGUGUUUUGAGAUGAACACUUUUGAAGUUGUACAGUUUUUGUUUUCCAUUGUUUUAUCUUGUUUGUAACUCUAUGAAAUAUAUAUAUAUAUUUUUUGCCAUUUAACUGUUGUAUGUUACUGUGUCUGUAUCGAUAGAAAAAUGUUUGUUUUUGGUUCUCUGUGUGAUACCAAUUAACAAUUUUAACACUAGCUUUACCUGCCAUUCUGCUAGGUCUUCUCAGAAACUGUUUUUAAAGUGAUAUUGCUUGGUACUAGUGCAAUUCUACCCUCCCCACGCCCGACCUCAAGCUCCUCUGUAACUCUGCCAGCCUUCCCCCAGUGGUUCUGUUGGUUCUAGUUGGAGCUACUAUCAUCCGCCCUCUCCCCUCCGUGAGGCAGAGUCACCGUCAGUGGUUCACUGUGCCAUGCCUCCACCUGUGGGUGUGUUUGGCAACAACAAGGCGAUUAUUGGGUAGAAUGGCUAAGCAUGCUUCUACCCACCAGUGUUCCUGAAAGGAGAUCUGUGAGGGUUUCACCCGGAGUGGGUUGCGUACUGAAUGCUUUCCUCUCCAGUCGCACCACCCAUACGCAUGUCCAUCAAGGAAGAAAUUCUCAGCCCUAACCCAGAAAUAGCAAAGCAGUCAGUGAUGGUGGAAAUCAGAAGGCAGACGAGAGCUGGUCACGGCUGUGUGGACUAGUGGCCGCAGUGGCUGUGAUCUGUAGCGUGACAAAGCAUAAAUUCACUCCAGUGCUCAGCUGUUUAGAUGCUCUCACUCGGGGAGUUGACUCCGGUCUGCUGCUGGAGCGGGUAGCUGAGUAGACUAUCUCAACUCACUUUUAAAGUUAGUUCCUAACUUCUAUUGGCACUUCAGUUUUGUUUUGUUUUUUUGGUUGUUGGCAGGAAUCCCCACCCCCCCUUCAGUUCCUUCAUGAUGGGGCUUGGUGUUAGACACUAUUUGGCAUACAGCACCAGGCUACAUGUCAGACUCCAAGUUAUCUCGUCCAUCCUUACUCUGGCCCUCCUGUAAGCUUAAGAAGGAACGAACACACACACACACACACACACACACACACACACACACACACACACACACUGCAUCUAGGAAGUUGGGUUUUUUUUUUGUUUGUUUGUUUUUUUAAUGAAAAGCUAUUUAAAAAGAUGAAUGUGGCCAAAGUUUUACACAAUUGAAAAGAAAGUAAGACGGGCGGCACAUGUUGGAACCUGAGUUAUCAGGCAUGGCAGGAAGUUGCAGGAGAGAGGCAGUGACCCAAGCCAGUGCACUUGAUGUUCAUGGACAUAUAUUUUUUUUAAAUAAUAAAUUAAAUUAAAACAUUUUAAAUAGAAGCAUAAAAUGGAGUUGGUUGUUUGUUGGCGCUGAGAUACUGCCCACUGUGAAACAAAGCUUUGACUAGUUUUUUUUGUUUUGUUUGUUUACUUUCUUCAGGGGGGGAGGGGGGCAAGUUUGGGUAGGAAAGAAAGCAGAAAUGAACGUGACCCUGAGGUAAAGAGGUAUAUGAACAGCCUUUGCAAUGUACAAAAAGACAACAAAAAAAAACACAAAAAAAAAAAACAAAAACAAAAACAAAAAAAAAUAGAGCAAGUGAAACCAAAAAUGAUGUUCUUGGUGUUUUUCUAUAAUGUAGUCUUGUUAGCUUUUUUGUUACUGUAACGAUGCUGAUCUGGGACUGUACCAAAAUACAUGGAGACUAACAGAACCACAAGGAACUCAAACUGAAAAGAAAUUUGUCACAAAAACUUUGUUGUCAUAGUUAAGUUGAUUGUAGAUGGUAAUUGAAUAUACUCCUUUGAAAAUAUUUCAUCAAGUAUGUUUCCUGCUCAUUGUGAUACAUUAAAAAAAAUAUGAGCAAAA